CUUUUAAAUCAUAAAUAUUAAAUAUUAAUUGAAUUCAAUUAUUGCAAAUAAAAUGGAGGGAACUAUGUCUUUUUUAUAUAAGAUAUUAAUAUCAAAUUCAGAAGUAUAAUUAUCAUAGAAUUACACCUAAAUGAGCAACAAAUACUCUACUAUUAUAGUUUUUGAAAGAUAUAUUUCUGAUUCUCGAACUAUAUUUCUCUAUGCGUAUAAUUCCAAUUCAUUAAUUAUUAUUAAACAACAACACUAUUAAUUAGACGAGGACAUUAAGAAUGUUAAGUAAUAUUUCAAAAAUGUUUAAAAAUUUUUGGAGGACAUUCUCAUCUAAAAUUAAAACGAAGCUUGUAUUCAUUAUAUAAAUUAUGCUUCUCUAAAAAAGUUUGAUAAAAUUGAAGAAGAGGCUUAUAAGUUGCUUGAUUUUCCUCCGUAAAGCUAAAUUAUAUUAAUGAUGGAAUAUCAAAGUAUGCCUUAAAUUCCGAAUACCCUACAAAUUUAAAUCCCAAAAAACAAUGGCAAAUUGCUGGCAUUACUGAAAAUAUAGCAAUAUCUGAUCUCAGAGAAGAAGGCCUAUGAAGAGUUCACGAUAAAACAAAUAAAUAAAAUCAACGAGAUUCAUAAAAUGUUUCUUUCUAAAUUAGAAUAAUGUGAGAUGCAGGUUGUGAAAUUUAACUUUCUGAAUUUAAUUAGGGCUAUCAUUCCAAAAGAGCCACCAAAUUAAAUUGAGUACUUAGCACAAAUUCUAAUGAACCUGCCUCCUUAUACAUAGUUAGAUACUGGUAAAAUGAUAAUAAAACUCAAAUUAUAUAAAUAGAAUCUUUCUUAGAAUGCAAUAAUUUAACAAAAGUUAAAUAUUAAUGAAUACUUGCAAUUCGCCCAAACUGAAUUAUCUAUAUUUUAAGAUAUUUAAAAUUGCCAUUUUCCAAAAAAAGGAAAUCAUAGUUAAAAGUAUUUCAAUUAUUUAAUUUAGAUGCAAAGUUUGUCAAAAGAACAGCAAGGUAGUUAAAAAAUCAAGCUUUGUAUGUGAAGCCUGUUCGAGUUAUUAUAACAUAAACGUAGCACUGUGUACAAUAAAAUGCUUUAAAUAGUUUCAUUUAAAUCCCGAAAAGUAUUUACGCAGAAAAAAAAGAACAAUUAAAGUCAAAGAAGAAGAUUGA